AUGAAUGGAGAUGAGAUAACAAAGGCAGUUUUGCAGUUCUUUAGCACUGGGAAAAUGUUCAAACCAAUAAAUUGCACAGCUGUUACACUUAUUCCCAAAGUGAAGAAUCCAACUUCAAUAAAAGAAUACAGACCAAUCUCUUGCUGUACUACCCUAUACAAAAUCAUAUCCAAGAUGCUGACAAGUAGGAUGAGGAUGGUCAUGAACACACUGGUGGAUGAAGCCAGGCAACAUUUGUACCUGGUGUUAGAUGGACUGUGUUUUCCUAAAAAGUUUGUAGGCUGCAUUAUGGAAUGCAUUAAAACAGUGCCAUACUCUAUUAAUAUCAAUGGCAAUCCUGCUAUUCCAUUUGAUGCAAGAAGGGGUGUAAGAUGGGAAGAUCCUAUGUCCCCAUUGCUAUUUGUCUUAGCAAUGGAAUACUUGACCAGAAGUUUGAAGAACUUAAAGGAUCAACCUAACUUCAAUUACCACCCAAGGUGUGAAAAAUUAAGUAUUAUCCAACUCAGCUUUGCUGUUGACCUACUACUUUUCUGCCGAGGAGAUAGGAUGUCGGUGCAGUUACUAUAUGAGUGUUUCAAUAGCUUCUCACAAGCUUCAGGCUUAGUGGCAAAUAAGAACAAGAGCAGCAUAUAUUUUGGAGGUGUUCCAAGUGCAGUACAACAAGAGAUUACUCAAAUAACAGGGUUCAACACAAGUGAACUUCCUUUUCGAUACUUAGGGGUUCCAUUAAGUACAAAGAGGCUAUCAGUAAGCCAAUGCCAACCAUUGCUGGACAAAAUGCUGGGGAGAAUAAAACAGUGGACAGUGAAGUUUCUGAUCUAUGCAGGAAGACUACAAUUGAUAAAAAGUGUACUUAUUUCUAUACAGUCUUUCUGGUCACAAAUUUUCCCUUUGCCAAAGAAGACCAUUCAACACGUUGAAGGCAUAUGUAGGAAGUUCCUAUGGACUGGUGAUACUAGUUCGAGCAAGAAGGCUUUAGUGGCAUGGGACAAGUUGUGCAGGCCUAAAACUAAAGGAGGACUGAAUGUCACAGACCUCAAUACAUGGAAUAGGGCAGCUCUACUGAAACAUCUUUGGAACUUGGGAAAGAAAAAGGAUAAGCUAUGGAUCAAAUGGGUGCAUGCAUACUAUAUAAAAGGAAGGGAACCAUGGGAAGUUGAUGCAAAGCAAGCUUCUUGGAUUGUAAGGAAGAUACUGCAAGCUGGGAAAUACUUGAAUGAAGCAGGUUUGGACACAGGAAAGGUAAUGCAAGAUGAUUCAUUUUCCAUUAGAGGAAUAUACAAGCAACUAAGAGGGGUAUUUCUAAAGGUGGGAUGGAGUCGAUUGCUAUGCAAUAACAGAAGUUGUCCAAAAUGGAAGUUUAUUCUGUAUGUUGCAAUGUAG